AUGGGCCCGAAGCAAUUGGACGCCCACGAAGGCAGUGGGCAGAACUCUGAAAACGAGAAGCCUACUCACGUGGAGACUGAGCAUGCUACAGUCAAUUAUGGUCAGGAUAAGGAUGUCUUCCCGGCUCAUGCGGAUGAGUCUGGUGAGGGCCAAACGGCAAAGAUGACAAAGAGACGAUUCAUGGCCCUCGUUUCUCAAGCCUUUCUCUGGACAGGCUCCCAAAUCCCGGUUUAUCUAUUCGGAGGUGUUCCGCCGUAUAUCUAUUCAGAUAUUGGAGGACACGACCGUUGGACCUGGUUUAUUCUGGCCAACCUGCUCUCGUUAGCAGCUGUCUGCCCGUUUGUCGGAUCCCUUUCGGAUAUGUUUGGGCGUCGAUAUGUUGCGCUCAGCGGGGCGUCUUUUAUCGUCCUUGGAAUGAUCGUCUGUUCUACUGCCCACACGAUGAAUGUCUUUAUCGGCGGUAUGGUCUUGGCUGGAGUCGGAGCUGGUAUCAACGAACUCACUGCCCUAGCAGCAACAUCUGAAAUGGCACCGACGGCCCAGCGGGGCAAGUAUGUCUCCAUCCUGAUCUUCACAAUCGUGCCCUUCUGCCCAUCUGUGCUCUGGGCACAACUCAUCGCUGCGUACUCAACGUGGAGAUACAUCGGCCUGUUUUGUGCUCUUUGGGCCUUUGUCGGUCUUGUCUUGACCGCUUUGUUUUACUUCCCACCACCUCGCACCAACUCAGAGGGCUUGACGCGAGGAGAAAUCGUCAAGCGCAUUGAUUUUGUCGGUGGUGGUCUUAGCAUUUCUGGCAUGAUCUUGUUCAUGGCUGGACUGCAGUGGGGUGGCUAUAUGUAUUCUUGGAAGACGGCACAUGUUCUCGUUCCUCUGAUUCUUGGUGCAGUCCUGGUGAUCCUCUUUGUUAUCUGGGAAGGCUUCUUUGCGCCGUAUCCCAUGUUUCCCCGCCGUAUCAACCAAGCACCUCGAAUUCUUACCCUGACACUCGUCAUCACCUUCAUAUCUGGCGCAAACUUCUUUUCUAUCCUCAUGUUUUGGCCUACGCAGGCUUUCAACAUGUAUGGCCAUGACCCUGUUCAGGUUGGAAUCCGAGGUAUCCCUGUUGGCUUCAGCAUCAUGGCUGGUGCAUGCAUUGUUCUCUGGCUUCUGUCUGUGUUUAAAGGUGCAAACAGAUCACUGAUGGUCAUCUCGAGUAUAUUGAUGACUGCUGGGUGCGGCGCCAUGUCUGUUGCAAGGCCCGACAACAUCUCCACCCUGUGGGGAAUCCUUGUCCUGGCUGGUCUGGGUAUUGGAGGAAUUGUCGUCCCAGCAAGUAUCAUCACGACAAUUAUUUGUCCCGACGACCUCAUCGCGACUAUAGCAGCACUGACUCUGAGCAUCCGCGUCAUUGGCGGUAGCAUCGGUUACACCAUCUACUACAAUGUGUUUGUGAGCAAAUUCACACCUGCUGCUAUACACUACAUUGGUGGCGCGAUGGUUCAGUAUGGCAACAUCACCUCAACUGCCGUCAUCGGGGAGGUCAUCCAGUUGACUGGUCUUUCUUUGCUGGACGACAUCGCCGAGGUACCAGGUAUCGCGGGAAAUCAGGCCUUGUAUAAGAUUGUCAUCCAGGCUGGCCAGCUUGCCUUUGCCGAGGCGUACAAGUGGGUUUAUUAUGUGAGCAUUGCGUUUGGUGGAGUUUCUGUCCUCGCUGCUCUGUUUCUAGGAGAUAUUGGGAAGUACAUGGAUGAUCACGUCGCUGUAGUCAUGUGA